GGUUGGAAGCCGGCUGCAGGCGCCUGAGGUUGCUGGGAGCGCUUCCUGACCUCCCAGCCCUCUAGUCAGCCGGGGCGAAGAAGGAGGGAAAGGAGGAGAACUACUGAGUUAAGAGCCUGCGUGGCCGGGGCUCACUGAGAGAGCAGGAGCAGCAGCAGCAGCAGCAGUAGUAGUAGUGAUAGUAGUGAGGCAGGAGGAGGGGGGCAUCAGAAACUCGAGAAGCAGACCCGGGAGGCGCGCUCUGCCCGGGACCCGCGGCAGCUUCGGGGCGGCGGCGGCGGCGGCGGCCGCAGCUGCUGCUGCUGCUGUUGUUUCCGUGCUGCUGCGAUGUUUCACUGCAUCCCCCUGUGGCGGUGUAACCGUCAUGUGGAAACCAUCGAUAAGCGCCACUGCUCCCUGGUCUACGUCCCGGAGGAGAUCUACCGCUACACCCGCAGUCUGGAGGAACUGCUCCUAGACGCCAACCAACUCCGCGAACUGCCCGAGCAAUUUUUUCAGCUAGUGAAAUUACGGAAACUUGGACUUAGUGAUAAUGAAAUUCAGAGGCUCCCUCCAGAAAUCGCUAACUUCAUGCAGCUGGUAGAGCUGGAUGUAUCUCGAAAUGAUAUUCCUGAAAUUCCAGAAAGUAUCUCAUUCUGCAAAGCACUUCAGAGAGCUGACUUCAGUGGAAAUCCAUUGACUAGGUUACCAGAAAGCUUUCCUGAAUUACAGAAUCUAACAUGUCUAUCUGUAAAUGACAUCUCACUCCAGUCCCUACCUGAAAACAUUGGCAACCUUUAUAACCUGGCUUCACUGGAACUAAGAGAGAAUCUACUUACAUAUUUGCCUGAAUCUCUCACCCAGCUACAGAGACUAAAGGAACUUGAUUUAGGAAACAAUGAAAUCUACCAUUUGCCAGAAACAAUUGGAGCACUCCUACACCUUGAGGAUCUCUGGUUGGAUGGAAAUCAGCUGGCUGAGUUGCCUCAGGAAAUAGGAAACUUGAAAAACCUGCUGUGUUUGGAUGUCUCGGAAAAUAAACUGGAAAGACUUCCUGAAGAAAUCAGUGGUCUAGCUUCCCUAACAGAUUUAGUCAUUUCUCACAAUUUACUGGAUGUUCUACCUGAUGGCAUAGGAAAGUUAAAGAAGCUGUCCAUCUUAAAGACUGAUCAGAAUAGACUCGUGCAGCUAACAGAAGCAAUUGGAGAAUGCGAAAGUCUUACUGAACUUGUUCUGACUGAAAAUCAACUUCUGACAUUGCCCAAAAGCAUUGGAAAACUAAAGAAGUUGAGCAACUUGAAUGCAGACAGAAACAAAUUAGUGUCCUUACCAAAAGAGAUUGGUGGGUGUUGCAGUCUCACUGUUUUCUCUGUGCGUGACAACAGAUUAACUCGAAUACCCUCCGAAGUUUCACAAGCAAGUGAACUUCAUGUCCUAGAUGUCGCUGGAAAUAGAUUACUACAUCUGCCUUUAUCCCUGACUAACUUGAAGUUGAAGGCUUUGUGGCUGUCUGACAACCAAUCCCAACCUCUGCUUACGUUCCAGACAGACACAGACUACGAAACAGGCGAAAAGGUUUUAACUUGUGUUUUGCUUCCUCAACUGCCUUUUGAACCUAGUUGUCAAGAGAAUUUGCCCCGCUGUGGGGCAUUGGAAAACUUAGUCAGUGAAAUGUCAGAUGAAACGUGGAAUGAACGGGCAGUCAACAGGGUCAGUGCAAUCCGAUUUUUAGAAGAUGAAAGAGAUGAAGAAGAUAAUGAAAUGAGAACACUCCUAAGGCGAGCCACUCCACACCCAGGAGAAUUAAAAAGUAUGAAAAAGACAGUGGAGAACUUACGGAAUGAUAUGAAUGCUGCUAAAGGACUGGAUUCGAACAAAAAUGAGGUCAAUAAUACCUUUGACAGAGUGACCACUUCUGUGUAGAGCUUCACCUCCAAGUUCUUACCUCCUGUGUCUUCCCCUGCUGUUGAAAUGGUCCUGUCUUCCAAGGAAUCUCAUCCAGCCCUUUGUCUUAACCAGAUCCUGACCCAUCAUCUCCUUGUUUCGCCUAUUGGAGGGUGCUGCUAUCUUGAAGGAAGUGCCUUAUACUAACUAGUUGUGGCACCAGUAAUCUCCAGAUAAUAUAUUUUUAAUGGAUUUUUGGUCACUUUUAAUGAGUAGAAUACACUACUGUACAACUUCACUUGUCAUUGUUGUCCUAUGUUGGAAGAAGGAGAGAUUUUGAUCCUCUUCCCUACAGUGCUGGGAUAUUUUAGACCCAGGUAUACUGGGUCCUACUGACAAGAGAUAUAGUUUUAUGUGAAAAAAAUACUUUUUUAAACAUUUUUGGCAGCUCAGAUGGUGUAAAUUUUAAAAUUUUGUAUAGGCAUUUCAUAAAAAAACUAUGUAUUUCUUUUUUGCUGUUGUUUUAUCUGGAAAACGGUACAUAUUUUACUAUCUGUGGGGGGGGAAAGACAGUCCUGAAGUAUUCAUUUGUAUUUGUACCACCCAGUUGUGCCUUAAUGUGUGUCUUGUUGUAUGUCAAACCAGUGCUGAAAAAUGGUAUCCCUAAGCAGUAAGAUUACAGGAAGAUGUGCUUUUUUAGCCAUAUAUGUCUUAAAUUAGUGGUCAACUUUUUUUUUUUUUUUUUUUUUUUUUUUUUUUAACCAACAACAGGGUAGGGAGCUAACAAAAGGGAUUCCUGAAUUGUACAUGAUAAUAUCUGUUUGAUUACCUGAGAGAUACAUCUGCAGAACUAAGCUUCUUCUGUAUGAUUACUUACAAUUUUUAAAACUUUACAUGAAGAAAAUGUCUUAAUUGUUCUAAUGCUGUGGGUUUGUUCCCUCUAGUGAGGUUUGUACCAUUUGUGCAAAAAAGAAUGCAACACAAAGCAUGGUAGGAGACUGGUUCAGAGUACAUUAGGAGAACAAGUAAAUGUACCACCUGAUGCUAUUGAAAAUGGCUUUAGAGGUUUUAUAUCCAGAUAUAAAACCAUAAUAAAGCAGAAACCUUAUAAAUAUACAAGAGCACCACCAGCGUCAUUAUGAGUGCAAUUUAAUUUGAAAAUCAAGUUUAUUGGGAAGAGUUACAAAAUGCUGUAGUUGUAUUUUGGCACAGGCAGAGGUGCGGAAGGGUUGUGUGGUGUGUGUGUGUGUAUGUGUGUCUGCGCGCGCGCGCAUAUGAGCGGGUAAGUGCAUGCUCUAUGUAUUUUUAUCUGUUAAUUUCUAUAAGAGCUAUAUAGGUAAUGAGUAUUUUGGCCCCAACAAUUUGUAAAGUGGCUUAAACAAGAAGUUGUGAUGUACAUCACUCACCUUGAUGAAAUCAUGCAUAGCCUUUUGGAAGAAUUGAAGAGUAUGUUAUUUUUGUGGGCGUGGGGGUUGGGGAGAGCAAAGAGCAAAUAAUAUGGACUAAAAUUAAGAUGAAAAUGAAUGCUGCAAAUUGCUAAAAGAGAUCAACAGAAUCAAGUCAAUGAAGUCAACUCAUCCUGGACAAUGGUACCCAAGACUUUCAUGAAUAGAUUAAAAUGUGUUUUUUAGUGAGCUGCAGUUUUCUCACUGAAUCUUUAUUUGGUUUUGUUCAAAUCAAAAGCCAUUUUCACUAAAGUAGUUUUGUACUUUUGUACAUGUAGUUUUGGCUUGGGCACCUUUGGGAGUUGAACUAUUACUCUUAGGUGGUCAAAUCAGCAUCAAUUAAUGCUCAUGUUCAUUAGCACAGUCUCUGGGUGGUAAAGGACAUGUGACUUCAGUUUUUUAUUGGACUAACUGAUCUUCAUGAAUUCUAAUUCUGGAGUCUUUAGCAACUAAUCAGAUGAAAUAAUUUUCUUACUAUAAAUUUCCUUAUUUAAUCUGCUCUUAUAAAAUUCUUUAAAAAACCAACUAAGUAUUUGUUGAAUUUCAUAUACUCUGCCAAAGAGUUUACAGGCCCUUUCUGUACCUCCCUCUUGGAAAUGGUUUGGAAUGUCUGCAGUUUUGUGCAUCAUGUCAUCCCCUAGUUGUUAACACUUUUGGUUAGAUGCAAGUGGACAGCUUGUUUUUUGGCUCAUAUGAUUUUAAAUCUGCAAGAAUGUUGUCAUGAAUAUGUUGUUUUUCAUCAGCUGAUCAAUUUAUUUAAAAAGAAAAAUAAUUUUUAUUCCAAAGGUAUUUUGUUUGUUUUGUUUUUUAAUAAAAAAACCUCUCUACUCUUUACUAUUCACUGAGUCAUGGCUACAGUAGAAUGGAACAAGGAUAAGAUCCUUCGGUUCUGUUUAUAUUUAAAAUUUUCAGACAUUUUAUGCUGUACUGUUUUUAUCUCUGUCCUGCUGGGAGGAGAAAGGCCUGAUCUACAAAGGUAAAAAUUUAGUUGAUCAGUGACUGUAACUUUUUACAGUGUGAGGAGUUGAAAACCUUUGGAACAAUUAAAAAAAAAAACUUAAAAUGUAUGCAGGAGUCAGCCAGGCAAAAUUAUAAGGAAAUACUCCUCCUAAGAUGACAUAUAGUAGAUAGUGAAUCUUAAGAAUGUAAGGCAAAAUUGAGAGCUGGUGACUUCUUUUACUCUCUUUGACUAUAGUGUGAAAAAUUCUUGACCUCUAGUUAGUUCAGACUGUAUGUAGCAGUUUCAGUGGCAUCAUUCUGUCUCUUAAGCAUUUCCUACAGGAAGAGGAAGAUCAAUAAUAUGUGGCUUAAAAUACUUCCUUGUUUUGUGUAGGUGAAAGGUGUGAGCAGUCAGAAAAGAGGUUGGAUUGCACUGUCUAUUCACCCCCCCCUUAUCUUUAUAUCACAUUUACAUGGAAGGAAAUGGUAUUCUCAUCCCAACCAAACAAACCAACUAAGGAAGUAUAACUACACACAUUAGAGAGGGUAUUCUUAACUUAUUUGAGGUGGGUUUUACAUCCUCUUGGCAUUUCAAUAAAACCUGUAGAUCACUUCUCAGAGUGAUCUUAAUGCAAAAAUUAAAAUAUUUAGAAUUACUAAAACAACAACAAUAACAACAAAUGAAAUUACAUUGAAUUAUAUCUAUCAAAAUGUUUUCCUUUAAAGUUCAUACAACAUAGGGUAAGAAUCCAUGCAUUGUAUGGGAGAGUAAAUAAAUUGUUAGUUGAAAUGUGGCCAGGAAAGAGAAUUAGAAGUUGAUAUGUUUGCUCUUGACACAUAAUAGUUUAAUUGUUUUCAUACUAGAAAAUUCAGAGGCAUGGACUACAUAACUCUAAUAUUUUCUAAUAUUCUAAUAUUCACUUUGUUAGCUCCACUCUGUCAGGAAGCUUGUUAACUAUCUUGAAGGUAAAAUAUUCCACGUGGAAGUUUGCUCACUAAACCAGUGCAGUGAUCUUUCUACCAUCUCUUGUGAAAUCUACCACAUUUAUAGAAAGAAGGCAAACAAAUAAUGAAAGAGAUAGAAGCUAGAGGGGAAAAAAUCUGGAAUUGACAGGAAAUUCUUUGAAAGCAGAUUUCAGCCUUGUUCCAGAGACUGAUACCCUUGCAAUGGGAAAAGUUAGUGACUAAUAUGGGAGUGGUUGUGCAACACAUUCAGAAUGAGGGAUUGUGUACUGUGCAGCUGCUCAUUAACAGAAAGAAAGAGUGUCUAUAGUCUCUGGAAAUUAAGAGGUGAUUACCAUGAGGAAGUGAAAAUCUCCAUUCAACCAUGGAUAUUGUCCAACUUUUAUAAGAGACAUUCUCAAUGUAGUCAAAUUGGCAAGUUGGGUUCUUAUCUUUCUUUCUCUUUUUUCUUUCUCUUUCAUUCUCUUUCUCUUCCUUCCUUCCUUCCCUCCCUUUCUUUCUUUCUUUCAACUGAAAGAAGCAAGAGAUCUCCAUGCUAGAAAAGAAAUGGCCUGCAUUAGACAUAAAAAUGAAUAAUCAAACACUAAACAACUUAACUUUAUCCUAGGAUGUUUACUUAUUUUGGAAAGCAUCUGGUCAAUUUAGAACUGAUCUGCCCAAGCAGAUCAACAUGCUCUUGGUCUCCUCCCUCUGUUUCCUAAAUAUUAUACACUCAAGGAAUGCAAAUUAUAAAAUAACCUAGCCAAAACAAAAACAGGAAGUGAUAAAAUGUGCUCUUACACAUUCUAAAGCUAAGGAUAGAAGCUGAACCUGUGAUUUCAAUAUUAUUAAAGAACUUUCAGAUGAGGGAAAAAAGCUCAUUGCAAAUUAGCAUCUCCACAAUUUCUAGUCAUAGAAAGUUGCCUAGAACACUCAGCAGAUGAGUGACUUGCCCAGGAUCAUAUCGGUAGAAUGUGUCAAGUGGAAUUUGAUACUUCAUGAGUUCCAGUUAGUCAAUAAACAUUUAAGUGCCUACUAUUUCUCUAGACUCUGUGCUA